GCCAUAAGCAGGGGCCGCUACUCUCAUGCCGAAGUUCAGUAACCUGUGUUCUGUAUAUUAGAAACCCAGGAAACACUGUAAGAAAUAUCCAUGGCAGGGAGAAGUCGUAAACGACUAUUACCAGACUGGAUAGGUGAAAAGUACACAAGAAAAAUUGAGACUGAAGAUACCUCAAAAUGCAGUCAUGAAACUAGAGUGCAGGUACCUAAUGCAUCAGCAGGCCAAACCACUGACAGUACGAGGAAAACAGCAAAAGCACAGCUUAUAAAAUGUAGUAUGAGUGAAAAACAUGAACUAACUGCAAGUGAAAUAAUUUCUUCGAGUAUGGAAUUUCUUCAUUUCAAAGGAUCAAUUAUAUAUUCCUUCAACAGUGCAGACUGUACUUUGUUAUGUGAGGAUAUUCUAUCAAUGUUGCCCUGCGCUGCACAUGGUGAAAAAAUGCAUGUUGGGUUUGAUGUGGAAUGGCCCGUAACUUUCAAGAAAGGUUCUACAGAAAGCAAGGUAGCUUUGAUUCAAAUGUGCAUAUCUACUGACAAGUGUUACUUAUUUCAUCUUUCACCAAUGCAAAAACUUCCCUGUGCCUUAAAAACCUUGAUUUUUCAUGACAACAUCAUAAAAUGUGGGAUAAACAUUGAAGCUGAUUUUUGGAAACUAGGGCGUGAUUUUGGCAUCAGUGUUGUGGAUGUUAUUCAUAAAUCAGUUAAAGAUUUAGGCAAACUUGCCAAUGCUAAGUUGAAAAGUGCAGAGAGGUGGAGCCUAGAUGGCUUAACAAGAAAUGUUCUUAGAAAAAAGUUGGACAAAAACACAGAUAUACGAUGUGGUAACUGGGAUAACUAUCCAUUAUCCGAGGAUCAAAAACAAUAUGCUGCAGAUGAUGUAUAUGCCUGUCUUUUACUGGCUAAUCAUCUAAUGCAAGGAUAAAAGUCAAACACAUUCUCUGGUAAAGACAAUUAUUGUCAAAUACAUACUGUGACCUGGCCACCUCUUCCUUGAAAAUUCUGUCUUGUAUGUUAUAUUGUGUGUGAAACAUGUUUUUGCUAGUAAAUGUGAAUAUUUGUGGUCAUAUGUAGAGAAUACAUGUAUUGGUGGGCAUGUUUUUGGUUUCAUUUUGGGUUGUGUAGGCAAAAUCAGGUAAUGAUCUUUUUCAGUUUAAGCAACAGACAAAUGACUAGAAAUAUUGACUUGGAAAUUGCUUUUCAACAUGAAACAAGCUAGGAAUUCUGGUUCAGGUAGUUUGUUCACAAUGUGUAAGCAUUUUAAGUUUAGAAAUAUACGUUAUUAGUCCAUUUUUAAAGUUUUAGUUACGUGUACUUAAUCAUAACAUGUUGUUUCUCAGUAUAAAUCACUUCUCAGUCAUAUCAAGAAUACACAUCAAAGACAUUUUACUUAAGUUAUUACUUAGUAGAUUAUUAAAUUAACAAUUAAACAUAUUAUGGGUCAAAACCUGAUAGCUUUUUUGUUUGUUAAUCCAGAUUUGUAUGUAUAAUAAAAGAAUACAUGGAA